AUCGCAGCGUAGGCCUUAGUCUCAUGUUUCUGCGGAUUCCAUCCCUUCCUUUCUCUUAAUUCGCAGAAUCAGAGACAUUAUUGUAAUAUAAUAUAUUAAAAAGGUUUGGGGUUUGGUCCAUUCUCAAUAACCCCUAACAUUUUUCUUUGUUAUGAUAUUUGGGUUCUGAUAUCUUUCUUCACUUGGGGUGCAGUUCUUGGUUCCUGUCUCUGCAAGUUUCUUCGUCGACAUUCAGAGAAAAAAAAAAUACUGAAAUAAGAGAAGAAACCAAAACAAUUUUCUAUUUACAGAGGCCAUUUUGCACCUUGUUUCGGAAGGUUGGGGUGGUACUCUGCAUCUUCGGACAUUAAAAGAUGUUGGGAGAUUUCGUGAACAGAUGCCUUCUGUUGUUUUUCGGGUAUGCAUACCCGGCAUUUGAAUGCUUCAAGUCGUCAGAGAAGAAUAAAAUCAACAUUGAAGAAGUCAAAUUCUGGUGCCAAUAUUGGAUUAUUGUGGCACUAAUCACUGUUUGUGAAAGGCUUGGUGACUUUUUCUUGUGUUGGUUGCCGUUUUAUGGCGAGGCGAAGUUGGGAUUUUUCAUAUGGCUAUGGUACCCGAAAACCAAGGGGACUUACUUUGUGUACAAUAACUUCUUGAAGCCAUAUGUGUCAAAGCAUGAGACAGAGAUAGACAGGAAGUUGCAAGAAGUCAAAGCCAGAGUUUGGGAUUUUGCCAUUUACUACUGGCAAAACUGCACCAAGUUGGGGCAAUCCACUUUCUUCCAGGUUCUAGAGCAGUUAGCUACACAAUCUGGACGGUUUGGGAAUGCCACCACCUCCAAGCAGUCUCAGAAGAAAACAGGCAGCACGGUACCAGUUGCACCUCCGCCGCCAGAGUCUCCAACGGCGAGAAGGAGCGGAAGUGGGCGGUGGACGCCAAGAGCCGCUAGCAGACUGAGUCGAGAGGCAGGAGUGGAUUCCCCAAGAUUCCAGAGGCAACUCACCGGUGAAAAGAUGGAUGGUGACGAGCUCCAGCAGGCCAAGAUGAGGCUCCGGCGAUCAAAUCCCAUUGCCUAAUUUGAAGAAGACUAUAAAUUCUAUUAAAAAGUGUACAAAAGCAUAUAUAAAAAACCCAUUAAAAAUCACAAGAAGAUAACCAGGAAAAAAUCUCUCACAACUAGAACCCCAAAAAACAAAAAAAUUGAGAUAUUUUUCAGUCAAUUUAUUCCACACAUCCAUUCAAUUUGUUAUUUUUUUCGUUUUUUUUUUAUGAAUUGAGUUUCAGGUUUCCAACCCAAUUAGUGUUUUGUUCUUCUUGUAUGUGAUGAUACCAUUUAUUCAGUCGGUGUGAUCCACCUUCUUUGUAAGAGAACAACAAAUAUGAUAAAAAGUAAAGAUUCAAUUUUCCCCCAAAAAA